AUGUUGGAGCUUGAACAAUACGAUAUCAGUACAGAGUUUGGGUUUCUCACAGAGUUGCCGUUGGAAAGAUUAACAAACCCGUACUACAAUCCAUGGGAAAAGUUUUUAGAUAAUUUAAAUGCAUACAUUCUUCAUCGUACAGUAAGGAAGCAGGUUAACAACAAACUUCCUCACUUGAGUAUUGACAAGUUGGCAAAUGAAAGAGAAAUGAGGAGGGCUUAUCUAGUGUUGUCCUUUUUAGGGCACGCUUAUAUAUGGAGUGGCGAACCAGUUGAUAGACUUCCUGCACAAAUAAGUGAUCCAUGGAUAGCUGUAUCCAAGGCCUUAGGACUCCCACCUAUUGCCACUUAUGCCGCGGUUUGCUUAUGGAAUUUCAAAAAGAUUGAUGAAUCUGGGGAAUUUACUUUGGACAAUCUCACCACCAUCAACACCUUUACCGGUUCUGUUGAUGAAUCGUGGUUCUACCUUGUGCUGGUCUGCUUUGAAAAAGAAGGAGCUUUUUCUGUAAAGGUGGGGUUGGAUGCUUUAAACAGUGCUGAAACGGGGAACACUCACCUGCUUAUUGAAAACUUGCAACAGUUUGCAGAAUCGAUUGAUAUGUUGGGAUCGGUAUUGAUGCGGAUGGAGGAAAUGUGUGACCCUCACGUUUUUUAUUUCCGAAUAAGGCCAUUCUUGGCCGGUUGGAAGAAUAUGGCCAGUGUGGGACUAGAAAAGGGAGUUUACUACGGAGAUGAAACGACACCCAGGAGCUAUGCAGGAGGCUCAAAUGCUCAAUCAUCAUUGAUUCAAUUUAUGGAUAUCCUUUUAGGUGUUUCUCAUCACGCCACUGGUGAUCUCACUGCUGACAGUUCGUUUUUAACGGAAAUGAGAGAAUACAUGCCAAAAAAGCACCGUGAGUUUCUUCAAGAUUUAGAGCCACAUACAUUCACCAUUAGAGAUUUUGUCAAGUCACAGAACAACGAAGAAUUGACAUUGGCUUAUGAUGCAUGUUUGGCAAUGUUGAAAUCGUUUAGAGACAAACAUAUACAAAUUGUCACCAGAUACGUUGUUCUUCAAGCAAAAAAAGUCAACAAGAUGGGUUCAGGAUCCACAUUGAGAUCAGGUUUGGCCAGGGAAAAGAAAGAAGAGAAAGGAACAGGAGGUACCUCUCUCCUUCCAUUUUUGAAGCAAUGUAGAGAUGAAACAGGUAGUGCCGCUGCAGGUAGUUGGGGUAAACGUAUCCUCACAGAUGGCAUGUUACGUUUAAAGUAUUCCAAAUCGAAUGGUAUAAACGAGGACUAA